AUGUCAAAACAACCAACGAUUAUUAAUAAAUCAAAUAAUCUCGAAUUGACAAAUGAAAAUACAGAGGAAGAACAAAAUACAAAACGAAUCAUAAUGAAAUGUACAAAUCAAGAUGAAGAGACAAUAGAAGAACCAAUAAUGAAUAAUGAUUUAUUAAUGGAACCUGAUGAAAAUGAACAAGAUAACCAACAACAGAGAAUGUACGAACCUAUAAAUAAUCAUCAAAAUACAUCCAAUUCAAGUGAAGCAAGUGAAUGUGAAAAUCGACUAUAUACAUGUAAUGAUUGUGGAAAAAGUUUUCAAACAUCAUCAGGUUUAAAACAACAUCGAAAUAUUCAUUCAAGUAUUAAACCAUGGAAAUGUGAAUAUUGUACUAAAUCUUAUACACAAUUUUCAAAUUUAUGUCGCCAUAAACGUUCACAUGCAAAUGCCAAAACACAAAUUGAAUGUAAAGAUUGUGGACAAACUUUUCAAAGUCAUGUUGCUUUGAAUAAACAUCGAAGUUCAUGUAAAGAACGAAAUGGAAUGGUAACACCUCAUUUAACUGCUAUACUUCCAUUUAUAAAGACAUCAACUUUAAUAAAUAAAAAAGUUGAACAACCUAUUGAUUUAUCUCGAGCAUUAAAACGUCCAAGACAAUCAUCUAUUGAUCAACCCAUUGAUUAUUCAUUAAUAAAUAAACGAAUUGAUUUCAAUUCACAACGUAUUUCACAUGUAUUUGGAAAUAAACAAGAAAAAAAAUUUAAAACAGAUGAAGAUGAUGAUGAAGAAGAAGAACAACAACAUCAUCAUCGUUUAUUAUCAUUAACAAAAAAACAAAUUAAAGAUUACGAUGAUCAUAGACCUUUAACACCAAUAUCAUCAUCAUCAAGUCCACCUAAUACAUCAUUAGUAGAGAAAAAAAAUCAUUUAAAUGAUAUUCUAUCAACACCAACAAUGACAAUUCGAAGUCGAGAUCGAUAUUGUUGUUCAUAUUGUUCAAAAACAUUUCCACGUAGUGCUAAUCUUACUCGUCAUCUAAGAACACAUACAGAUAAUUUUUCAAUAUCAUCCAAUUUACAACGGCAUAUUCGAAAUAUUCAUAAACGUGAACGACCAUUUCGUUGUACACAUUGUGAUAAAUGUUUUGGACAACAAACAAAUCUUGAUCGACAUAUG